AUGUCUGGAAGUGAGGAGGACAGCAGGGGGGGUUUGGGAUGCCACACUGCGGGACUCGACGAGGCAGCAGAGGAGCCCACUUCAGAGGUGGACACACCUAAGCCAAAGAAGAAAAAGAAAACUAAGAAGAGCAGGGAGAGCAAGAGCAACAAACGGCAGAAAACCCUCAGAGAGGAAGUGCCAGUGAGCUCACCUGAAGCACUAGAGGCUCUGCGAUUGGUGGAGGAGGAGGAGGAAGAAGAGGAAGGAGAAGAGCGGGCCGUGCGCUCGGAGAGUGAGGGCAGUGACUAUGCCCCCAGCAAGAAGAAGAAGAAGAGGUCAAGUUCAUCCAAGGAGCGCAAAAAAGGAGGCACGGUUGGAGAAAAGACUGGAGGCAGUUCAUCUGGUGGGAAAAACAAACGUAAGGAUCCAGAACCAGAGGAAGAGAGGGAGGAUGACGAUGAUGAUAUUGGGCAGGAGCCCAAGUCGUCCUCUCAGCUCCUGGCGGACUGGGGCAUGAAGGACAUUGAUUACACUUUUACACAGGAGGACUACCGUUCUCUCACUAACUACAAAGCUUUCAGCCAGAUGGUCAGGCCUCUGAUAGCUGCUAAAAACCCAAAGAUUGCAGUGUCUAAGAUGAUGAUGGUAUUGGGGGCGAAGUGGCGCGAAUUCAGCACCAAAAACCCCAUGCGUGGCACAGCAAGCACCAACGCCGCCCUGGUGGCAGCCAAUGCUGCAGCAGCUGUGGAAAGCAUGGUAACAGCUGCUGGAGCAGAACUGGCAGGACCUGGGGCAGCAGCCCCUGCAACAGGCCUGGCAACCACCCCCUCAGCGGCACCAGCAACUGCACAAACACCUGCUACACAAACUCCACAGCAGCCCCCUGCUGCACCCCCACUGCGCAAAGCCAAGACCAAGGAAGGCAAAGGUCCAAAUGCUCGCAGGAAGACCAAGCCCAAGGCCCAGGACAAGAAAUCUAAAGCCAAGAAAGUUGCACCACUCAAAAUUAAACUGGGCAGUUUUAAGAGGAAGAGAUCGUCUAGUGGAGAGGAUGAUGAUGGUGACAGCGAUUUUGACAGCUUUUCGGUGAGUGACGGAUCUGUUCGCAGUAGCCGAUCAAAGAGCAAGAAGUCCAAGAGCUCCAAGAAGAAGAAGAAAAUGGCUGAGGAUGGUGAUGGCUAUGAGACAGAUCAUCAAGACUACUGUGAGGUGUGUCAGCAGGGUGGAGAGAUCAUCUUGUGUGAUACAUGUCCUAGAGCCUACCACAUGGUCUGCCUGGAUCCCGACAUGGAGAAAGCGCCUGAGGGCACCUGGAGCUGUCCCCACUGCGAGAAGGAGGGUAUUCAGUGGGAGGCACGUGAGGAAAGCUCAGAGGGAGAAGAGGAAAAUGAUGAAGGAAGGAGGGAUGAUGGAGGGAUGGAGGAGGAGGAUGACCACCACAUGGAGUUUUGUCGUGUGUGUAAAGAUGGUGGGGAACUGCUAUGCUGUGACACCUGCCCCUCCUCAUACCACCUGCAUUGCCUUAAUCCACCCCUGCCUGACAUCCCCAAUGGAGAGUGGAUCUGCCCUCGCUGCCGGUGUCCUCCUCUUAAAGGUAAAGUCCAGAAGGUUCUGGUUUGGCGCUGGGGAGAUGCCCCGCCUCCAAUGCCAGUACCCCGCCCUCCAGAUCUCCCAGAUGAUGCCCCAGAUCCUCCUCCAAUGAUUGGCCGGAAAGAGAGAGAGUUCUUUGUCAAGUGGUGCAACAUGUCCUACUGGCACUGCUCCUGGGUGCAGGAACUACAGUUGGAGCUGAAUUGUCAGGUGAUGUUCCGCAACUUUCAGCGUAAGACAGAUAUGGAGGAGCCACCCGCCCUUGAUUUUGGUGCUGAGGGUGAUGAAGAUAAAAGCACCAAGAGGAAAAGCAAAGACCCAUUGUACGCCCGCAUGGAUGAUGAGUUUGGUCGCUACGGUGUAAAGUUAGAGUGGCUCCUCAUACACCGCAUCCUUAACCACAGUGUGGAUAAGAAGAAUAACGUUCACUACCUGAUAAAAUGGAGAGAUCUGCCGUAUGACCAGUCAUCUUGGGAGAGUGAGGAUAUGGAAAUACCGGAUUAUGAAACCUAUAAACAGCAGUACUGGAACCACAGAGAGUUGAUGAUUGGAGAUGAGGGCAGACCAGGAAAGAAGCCAAAGAAAGUGAAAGUGCGAAAGAUAGAAAAGCCUCCUAUCAACCCUGUGGUGGAUCCCACUAUAAAAUUUGACAGGCAGCCAGACUAUCUGGAUUCGACAGGUGGCACUCUGCACCCAUAUCAGCUAGAGGGCUUGAACUGGUUGCGUUUCUCAUGGGCCCAGGGCACUGACACCAUCCUGGCUGAUGAGAUGGGCCUUGGCAAGACUGUCCAGACUGCCGUCUUCCUUUAUUCUCUCUACAAAGAGGGUCACUCCAAGGGGCCAUUCUUGGUGAGUGCCCCACUAUCCACUAUCAUUAACUGGGAGCGGGAGUUUGAAAUGUGGGCUCCUGACAUGUAUGUGGUCACCUAUGUGGGCGACAAGGACAGCAGGGCUGUUAUCCGAGAGAAUGAGUUCGCCUUUGAAGGCAACGCUAUUCGUGGCGGCAAGAAGGCCUCCAAGAUGAAGAAAGAGGCAGCUUUGAAGUUCCAUGUGUUACUGACGUCUUAUGAGCUGAUCACCAUUGACCAGGCUAUCCUGGGCUCCAUUGACUGGGCUUGCCUUGUGGUGGACGAGGCUCACAGACUCAAAAACAACCAGUCCAAGUUUUUCAGAGUGUUGAAUAAUUACCCUCUGCAGCACAAACUGCUGCUGACUGGCACUCCACUCCAGAACAACCUGGAGGAGCUCUUCCACCUCCUCAACUUUCUCACUCCAGAAAGAUUCAAUAAUUUGGAGGGGUUCCUAGAAGAGUUUGCUGACAUCGCUAAAGAGGACCAGAUCAAGAAGCUGCAUGACAUGCUGGGACCGCACAUGCUCAGAAGACUAAAAGCAGACGUGUUUAAACACAUGCCCUCCAAAACGGAACUCAUUGUCCGAGUGGAGCUCAGCCCCAUGCAGAAGAAGUACUAUAAGUAUAUCCUGACACGUAACUUUGAGGCUCUCAACACUCGUGGUGGUGGGAACCAAGUGUCUCUGCUGAAUGUGGUGAUGGACUUGAAGAAGUGCUGUAACCACCCCUACCUCUUUCCCACAGCCGCUACUGAGGCUCCUAAAAUGCCCAAUGGGAUGUACGAAGGUGGAGCGCUUACAAAGUCUUCUGGGAAACUUAUGUUACUGUGUAAAAUGCUGAAGAAGCUGAAAGAGGGUGGACACAGAGUGCUCAUCUUCUCACAGAUGACAAAGAUGCUGGACCUGUUGGAGGACUUCCUUGAGAACGAGGGGUACAAGUACGAAAGGAUUGAUGGAGGGGUGACAGGGGUGAUGAGGCAGGAGGCCAUUGACAGGUUCAACGCUCCUGGAGCCCCUCAGUUUGUCUUCCUCCUCUCCACCAGAGCAGGAGGUUUGGGCAUUAAUUUGGCAACUGCAGACACUGUCAUCAUCUAUGACUCAGACUGGAACCCACACAACGACAUCCAGGCUUUCAGUCGAGCCCAUCGUAUAGGACAGAACAGAAAGGUUAUGAUCUAUCGUUUCGUCACUAAAGCAUCAGUAGAGGAGAGAAUCACUCAGGUGGCAAAGAAAAAGAUGAUGCUGACCCACCUGGUGGUGCGCCCUGGUCUAGGCUCCAAAGCAGGCUCCAUGUCCAAACAGGAACUGGACGAUAUCUUAAAGUUUGGCACUGAAGAACUUUUUAAGGACGAAAUGGGCGAGGGUGAUAAUAAGGAAGAAGACGGCAGUGUUAUCCAUUAUGACGAUCAGGCCAUUUCGAGAUUGCUGGACCGGAACCAGGAUGCCACAGAGGAUACAGAGCUUCAGAGUAUGAAUGAAUACCUUAGCUCCUUCAAGGUGGCCCAGUAUGUUGUCAAAGAUGAGGAUGAGGAGGAGGAGGAUGUAGAUAGGGAGAUUAUAAAGCAAGAGGAGAAUGUGGAUCCUGAUUACUGGGAGAAGCUGUUGCGUCAUCAUUAUGAGCAGCAGCAGGAGGACCUUGCGCGCCACCUGGGCAAAGGCAAACGACCACGCAAACCUGUCAACUACAACGACUGUUCGCAGGAGGACCGAGAUUGGCAGGAUGACCAGUCUGAUAACCAGUCCGACUACUCUGUGGCCUCAGAGGAGGGAGAUGAGGACUUUGAUGAGCGCUCAGAAGCUAACACUCGAAGGCCAAGCCGGAAGGGCUUGAGAAAUGAUAAAGAUAAGCCACUGCCCCCUCUACUGGCCAGAGUGGGUGGCAACAUUGAGGUGUUGGGUUUUAAUGCUCGUCAGAGGAAGGCCUUCCUAAAUGCUGUGAUGCGUUAUGGGAUGCCUCCCCAGGAUGCCUUCACUACACAGUGGCUGGUCAGAGACCUGAGGGGCAAAUCAGAGAAAGAGUUCAAAGCGUAUGUUUCUUUGUUCAUGCGUCAUUUGUGUGAACCUGGAGCGGAUGGUGCUGAGACAUUUGCGGAUGGAGUUCCUCGUGAGGGGUUGUCACGACAACAUGUUCUGACACGCAUUGGUGUGAUGUCACUGAUUCGAAAGAAGGUGCAGGAAUUUGAGCAUGUGAAUGGACAGUGGUCGAUGCCAUGGAUGAAGGAACUGGAGGAGAAUAAGAGGGCAGCAGCCGUUGCUGCUGGAGAUGAUCCCAAAACACCCUCUACUGGAACUCCUGCAGACACACAACCCAACACACCCGCAGCAGAGGAUCUCUCCAAAGGAGAGGAGUCAGAGAAGGAAAUAGAGGACAGGAUGGAGGGAGAGGGGGAGAAGGAGAAAAAAAGCUCCAGCACACAAGAAGAUGAGAUUAUUGAAAUUCCUGAUGAUAGUGAGAAUCCACCCAGUCCAGAAAAGAAAGCUAAGGAGAGUGAGGGAGAUGUUACUGCAUCUUUGUCAGAGAGGGCAGGGGGGAGCAGAGACACAGGGGUGGAAAAGGAGAAAGAAAAGGAGGGUGAGAAAGAGGAGAAAUCUCAUUCUCCGAAAGAAAGCACCUCUGCAGAGCCUAAAGAGGAAAGUUCUGAGGACUCAUCUAAACCUAAAGAGGAGACCAGGGAAGAGAAGACUGAGAAAAUGGGCAGCAGUCCAGCUGGAGAUGAUAAGAAAGAGCUGAAGGAGGAUAAGGCAGAGGAGUCUAACAGGCUGCAAAAUGGAGAGGAUGGAGGAGCAGAUAGUGAGGAGAAGAAGAAAGCUGUGAAGCAAAGGUUUAUGUUCAACAUCGCUGAUGGUGGCUUCACAGAGCUCCACUCUCUCUGGCAGAACGAGGAGAGGGCUGCCACAGUCACCAAGAAGACCUAUGAGAUCUGGCAUCGUCGCCAUGACUACUGGCUCCUGGCCGGCAUCAUACAACAUGGCUAUGCCCGUUGGCAGGAUGUUCAGAAUGACCCACGCUAUGCUAUCCUCAACCAGCCCUUCAAAGGCGAGAUGAGCCGCGGAAACUUCCUUGAGAUCAAAAACAAGUUUCUGGCUCGCAGAUUUAAGCUGUUAGAGCAAGCCUUGGUGAUAGAGGAGCAGCUGCGCAGAGCAGCGUAUCUGAAUAUGACAGAGGACCCAUCCCACCCUUCCAUGGCCCUCAACACACGCUUCAGCGAGGUAGAAUGCCUCGCUGAAUCCCACCAGCACCUCAGCAAGGAGUCAAUGUCUGGGAAUAAACCUGCUAAUGCAGUACUGCACAAAGUUCUUAAGCAACUGGAGGAGCUGCUCAGUGACAUGAAGGCUGAUGUCACCCGUCUCCCAGCCACCAUCGCCCGGAUACCACCGGUUGCCGCGCGUCUGCAGAUGUCUGAGCGGAGCAUCCUGAGCCGACUGGCCAAUCGUGGGCCGGAGGUUGCACAGACGCAGGGACCCCGCUGAUCCUUGACGACGUUUUGACCCUUAUAUCCUCUAGGCUCAGUCCUGAUCUGGAAUAGCUUCACUCAGUCGUUCCCUCUCGUGCUGGAUCAGGUGACCCAGAGCACUGUACAGAGAGUCCUUCCUGCUGUUAUAAAAUAGAGAGAGAGAGAGAGAGAGAGAGAGAGAGAGAGAGAUAGAUAGAGAUAACCUCCACUGUAACAUAUGUGUCCCUCCCUAACACUUUUCCUUACAGAUCCCCCAACCUAAGUAGCACUAAAAUGGCUUAGCCGAAAGAUGCAGCGGUGUUUUGGUCACCGUGACAUCCCCCUCACUCCCCACUCAAGCACCUCUGUGGCUAACAUCUUUGAGAGGAUCUCAUUUGUCACAUUGUGUUGUUGUCAUAAUAACCUCAGGCUGGUAUGACUGCUCAUUGCUGUUGUUACAGUAAUAACAUCCACCUGUAAAAUAGAGCACAUGAAUCUUGGCUCCUCGCAGCCCUGAUGGAACUGCAUUGAGAUUUCCAUGUCAGCAUUUGUAGCUAGUUGUACUGUGCACUGAAAAAAGUGAAGCAUUGAAUUUACUUGAUGUAUUGAAUAUAUACAUCAAUAUAAUUUCUACAUUAAUUGUGUAACUUCACCACAAUAGUAUCUUUCAGUUUCAGUUGAUGUAAUGUAUUGAUGUGGAAAUUGUAUACAUACUAAAAUAUAGUAAAUUCAGUGCAUUACUUUUUUUGUGUGUGAAUGUUCGAAUAAACACAGAAACCUUGACACUAUGACCAUGUAAAUGAGUUCAAACGUCUCUGAUUCUCACUUAGAGAUUUCAUUAAGAAACCAUGUUUGGAAAUAGCCUCUUUCCUGUCUGCCAUCCUCCGUCCAAACAGUUUUUCGUUCCCUGGACGAUGUCACUCAAGCCUCUUCAAAGCCACGCUCCCUUUUCCAACUCUCAGUCGGAAAACACCAGUAGGACGUUUGCAAAACAAGGCAGAUUUUCCACAUUAAAACCGUUUGAUUAGCUCACUUUGUAAUUAUUGUUGUUACCCUGGUAUUGUUUAUACACAUAUUAUUUGUUUUUUGAGAUCUACAUACAAUAAAAAAUAACAAAAUCAUA